GAAGCGCCAUAACAACCUGACUGCUAGCCCUGCCACAUGCAAUAUUUGGCAGCCAGCCUCCAGCUUUCUUGCUGCUGAAUACACAACCAAACCCCCCCUUCUCCUUACUGUCCAGUGUCUCUUACCCUCCCCCUUAAAUUUCAGUUGGAAUGCUUCAGAAGCUCAGUAUCCCAAAGGCGCCACAGUGAUAAAUAAUAAUAGAAUAUUCCCUGUUUCUGUAUGGGGACUAGCACAGUACAGACUUUAGGACCCCACCAAACCCUGCAUUAUAUUUAUUAUUGCUAUUUGUAUGUGCUUCUUGUUUUCUGAUAUUGCAGAAGGAAACCAUACAGCACUAGUUUUAUCUAAAAAAGCAUCAGUGCGGAGGAAGUGCCAGAUGUGAUUAAAAUCAUUAAUCGACGCCCGCUGGGCCCUCUCCUUUUGCUUUCUUAAUUUCACAAAUUCACGUUUUUGUAUUAAAGUUUAUUUUACGUAACAUUUAUAAGUACAAACCACCUCGGAGCUUAAGGUUCUACCAAUAUUCAGUCACAAUUAUUUCAUUUGGGAGUAAUUCCCCCAAAACUGUAACUGCAGCAAAGCUGCCAGACCCAGAGGGUUAAGUCUGAUUAUCAGUGUCUGCAGCCAAAAUCUAUAUUAGGCAAUUGAGCUAGUGAGUGGGGCAUAGAGACUGCUUGAAAAAAAAACCGAAGCCCUGAGGGAGAAGGAGGAGAGAAGCCAUGGGAAGCUGAGAGUGCAGUGUGCUUAUGGACUGAAGUGGGACACACCCCUCUCACUGCCCUGUAACAUGAGCUCUCUUCCACCUGGACUGCAAGGGACACAUUAUGAACCGGAAUUCUGUUGCAAAAAUAAUUCCAACAUCUUUGACACUCCCACCCUAAAAAUGUCUCCUGUACAUUGACUGAUGCUGACCGUGACACUGGAUGUGUGUAAAGGCUGCCUCAUCAGCUUGCUACUUUGCUGAAGAAUCCUGAAUGCCUCAUCACCUUCCCAUUAGACUUUGCGGAAUAAUUAGGAGCGAAACGUUCACUUUGGGACCCCCUGCAGGAGAGGCAGAAGGUUCCACUUCAUAUUGCCCUUUGUGGCUUUGAGAAUCUGGGCUGGCUGCUGGCAUGAUGGACAAGGUAUACGAGAACUCAAAUGCCCCCAAAGUAACUGAAGAUGGGGUGUAUGGGGAAAUUAAGUCCCAGACCCAUCCCCCAUUCAGCAUCUUUACAUCUACCAUUCUGUUUUGUGCUGAGAUUGUAGCUGCUUCAGUUGUAGCAGCAGGUUACAGCUACUCAGAGGAUGAAUCCUGGAUGUCGCUUACCAUUGUCUUUAUGUUGGUCCCUUCCAUCAUGGUACAGCUAACCCUGACAUUUAUCCACCGGGAUCUAGGAAGAGACCGCCCCUUAAUUCUCCUAAUGCAUCUUUUGCAGUUGGGCCCCAUAAUCAGAUGUGUGGAAGCUCUCACAGUUUACUGUACGAUGGGUCGUGAGGAGGAACCAUAUGUUAGUAUCUCUCGGAAGAAGAAGUUACAGGGAUGGGGGGAAGCAGAAGAAGAAGAACGUGAGGUGGGGCAUUCCCUGAGAAGACUGGCCACUCAUCGUAAUGCCUUCAAACGUACGGCUGUUGUGCAGGCUUUCCUGGGCUCUACCCCACAGCUCACCCUUCAACUGUAUGUCAGUGUCUUGGAGAGAAAUGUUCCCCCGGCACGAGCUGUCCUCAUGGCUAUGUGUCUUGCCUCAACUACAUAUGGUGCCUUAAUCCUAAAUGUCCUGGCCAUACAAAUUAAGUAUGAUGACUAUAAAGUUCGUCUAAGUGUGCCAGCGUUCCUGUGCAUCGUGAUGUGGAGAUGUCUGGAGAUUGCUACCCGUGUUACAGUUCUGGUUCUUUUUUGUUCAGCUCUUAAAGCCUGGGUGGCUGCAGUGGCCUUAGCAAACUUACUGGCGCUCUUCCUUUUGCCUUGGGUUAAAUUCUGGAGCAGUGGGGACAGCCUGCCCCAAAACAUAGAAAAGAACUUUAGCUGGUUUGGUACUGUGACAGUCCUUGGGUCAGUAACCUUGCUUUAUUCAGCCAUCAAUAUGUUUUGCUGGUCUGCUGUUCAGCUAAACCUAUCAGAUCGGGACUUAAUUGACCAGUCACAAAACUGGGGGAGGUUAAGUCUUCAUUAUACCAUUCGGUUGCUCGAGAAUGCAGCCCUCAUUCUGCUCUGGUACUUCUACAAGGAGGAUGUGUUUGAGUAUUUCUGUUCCCCACUGCUGGUGGUUCAACUCUUAGUAGGAUAUGCCACCGCCAUCUUCUUCAUGCUGCUUUUUUACCAGUACCUUCACCCUUGCCGCUUCCUUUUCAGCCACAACGUUGAAGACUGUUUGGCUUGUGUUUGCUGUAGGUUGUGUAUAAAACAGAGAGAUAAGGGAAGGGAGACUGCGGUGUGAUAGAAAAUAUUGACUUCAAGUUUUUUACCUCCGUGACACACUGCAUGCCCACCAACAAAUGGGAAGUGCAGCUGUCCUUUUUUUACACUGUCACACUGGAUUCAUCCACAGUCAGGUAAUGUGUGAGCACCAGUGCAGAGACUUUUGUCACAUAUUGCCUUAUGCUUGAGUUGAAUAGAAGUAAUAUCCUACCCCCAAAAUAUUCUGAAGAACUGAGAGAGAGGAGCUAUUUUAUAACUUGAAACACCAAUAGUCUUCUAUAAAAACAACAUAAUAAGGAGAGGGCACACACCACCAAAACAAAAGAUGCCUAAGGUAGCCACCAUGUAGUCAAAGAUUGAUUUUGUUAGUGGCAGCUGUCAAAUUGUUUGAUUUACAGAAAAAGAGUAUUAUCAGUUCAUAACCGCUAGCAGGUGAUGUUAUUAUUCAAGGAGCCAUACUGUAGGUCCAUAAUACAAACAUGCAGAUAAAGCAUAUCCUAUAUUUAGAAAAAAAAAUGGAUGCUAAACACUACUUGGAAAUCGUGUUUAUUUUCCCUUUUAAAAACAAGCAUUCAUCUUCUGACAGUUUUAUGUGUUUAUUUUAUACUCUUUCCUUUUACAAACGAACAAUUUGCUUUUACAGUUCUUCAUUCUUCUCUUUAGUGUCAUUGAUCAUUCCAUUGUUCUCGCAUUUUAUAUUUUGUCCCCAUCUCUCUCCCCCCUUCCGUAACACAAUAGGCUUCUGUUACCUAUCUUCUUUAAAACCUGGAUCCAGGCCAGCCCUACACUCAUGACCUAUACAAAAGGCUCAAAGUUGCCAUCCCCUCUGAUUCAAAAUAUAAAGUAGGUUUGUAGUGAUUUGUUUUGUAAAAUUAUAUACAGAAGGAAGGUGGAUACUUUAGGCCCCAUAUGCAGGGCACUAUAGGAAGUUGCAUGGGCCAACUUAAUAGCCAGCCAUUUUCUGCUAGUCACAAAUCCAUGGCACAUGCAUGGCUCUGGCACACACAGUUUUCAUUGCUGCCGCUGGUGGUGAUUAAAAGGCCUCUGUCUGCUGCAGGUUACUGUAUCCACUUGAAUGGGAAGCAGCGUGAGUGUACAUGCAUUUUCAGGCAAUAAGUAAGGGCCUUGGGCAACCUGCAACGCUUCUCAUUUAUGUGAAUAGGAUUUGACCAACAGAGGACAGUUAACCUUUGAUAAUCUCUACAAACACUCCCAGCCUCUCUUAACUGACAGAAGGAGAAGCACAUUCUUCCCAAUGUACACGUCCAUGAUUCAAGCAAUCCGAGAAUGCAAAUUUCACAUCUAUUUUUAUUCCUCCUACCAACCCAAGAAUUUCCCAGAACUCACUGUGAUUAAGAACCUAAAAUAGAAUGGGAAUUUGGAAACUAAAUAAAUAAAUAAAUGAAGUGUUUCCUAUUCCUUUAUUGCCAAACAUUGGUUCCUGUAUGUCUCUUCUGUGAAGAAUGAACAAGGUUCUCAAAGGAAUGGGAAAUGUUCCAAACCCUCUUCUCCCAAAGUGUGUACUUGUUACUAUUUUAUUGUGUUAGCCAUUGUACGGUGCUGCACACUUUGCUUCCUCUAUAUAAAUAAAAGCAUUUUUAUUAA